GAGAUCCGAAAGGGUUCAAAAAUUUAUGAGAGGGCCAUAACCCUUAAAGCUCCAUUGCCUCUGCACUGUGAACUCAACCAUGUCAAUUUGCAUGAUGCAAAUAAGGUUAAGAUUUCAAAUCUUGUAUCAUGUUCAUCUCAAAAUCACUCUACAAAAAUUUAUAAAGAUAUUCAUGG